CUGUGGUGCGCUGCGCUGCGCUGGGCUGCUCUUCCCUUCGUUCCCUCUUGUGUCUCUCUCUUUGGCUAACUCGAUGUCUCCUCUACUCUUUGACUGACUAGUUUGCUUUUGGUUCUUCGUCGGUUUACCCUUGUUUAACUAGUGGACGAAAAGAGCGGUAUUGACCAAAGUUCCCCGAAAGGUGUUGCUCCUCCGAAGUGAUAGACUGACAUGUCAACGUUAAUACUCCAAUUGAGUGACAAACGGUUCUUGGGCGUUCAUCCAAUGUAUGCCAGGUCAAUGGAAUAGGAGCAAAGAUCUCAUGCUUUUCAUGCAUCUUCAAUUCACCUUCGUUGGAUCUGAUUGUGCUGGUGGUUAUGAUGGCUUUCCCCUCUUUGGUGCUUUGGUGGCCGUCUGCGUGUUCCACUCAAACCUCUCAUCGCCCAAAAAUCAUCAAUCAAACGUGGGUUAUGUGAGUGCAUGGGUUUCAAAUAAUCAAGCUCAAAAUGUCGGGUUCUAUAUGAGCCACAUCAGCGUUGGAACUCGCCCAAAUGUAACCGUAUUUCAAGCCCAACGAAAAUAAACAGUGUCUCGCAAUCUCCUCCAUCGUUUGUCUUCCCUCGCUCCUUUCCAUUGGGAUUGGCGGUAUCGUUGGAUAUUGCUGGAGCCAAACGAACAGAAGGCCGUCCAGCCUCACAAACACUUAGCCUCGUCAGAAUUAGAUUGCUCCCCGCAAGAUGUGACAGAAUGCUGGAACAACAAUCAAAUCCCCACUCGACCAGCCAACCCAUUUCCCAAGGUGAGAGCCUUCCCACCACGACCUCCAUGCCCAGGUCAGUGAAGAUGACGGUAGUGGGCGGCACACCUGUCGUCAGUGGGACCUGUGCCAGUGCCACGCCUUCACCGGCCAAGGCCGUCGUCAUGGCCACGCCAACGACCCAGUGUGCCCAUGCUAAUGAGGAUGUGGGCUGUGAAUUGGGCCAUCCGUCGCUUAGCACAAACAAAUCAUCCUUCACAAACUUGUGGGCUGUGACGGAGGACGAAUUAGAGGCCAGACGCGAUCGGGAUCGGGAUUAUGGUGACGACAUCUCGAGGAUGACGAGGCGGACUAAUGGGAACUUGGGGCCCGACUCUCAUCAUCACGCCUCUUCCUCGGCCACGUGCACGGCGACUUCUAAGAAAUCCAGUGAGAGUGAGCGAAACCUCCAUUUGCUCCAGGAACCCCGACCUCCCAACUACUUGAAGGAGAGACAGAAUUCGACGUGUUCCAGUUCGUGCCUCGAGAGAGGCGGUGGCUCUGAUAGUGUCAGCCAGACCGACAGCAUCUUAAAGGAACGGCCUCCACUCAAUCGCGGCAAAUCCGUCUCGUUUCUGGACGUGGGUGGUGCCACUCUGGGCACAUCUAAUCGGUCACCCUCUCUACUAAGUGAUAAUGUGAGUGUUCGAUCGGCCUUGAUGGCCUCCAACGCAGUCAUGGGGGUGCCAGCCUCGCCCGCCAUUUCCAUCCUCAACAAGGACAAUGAACGGGAUCCAUCAACCACCCGUGGAACAGCUCAUUCCCCCCAUGGGCGAUCGGCCUCGGCUGUCAAUCUCAAUAUGCCUGAUCCCAAGGCCCUGGGCGUCAAUGGAUCACCGCUCUGGUUUCAAAAGGAGGCCAAGAAAGGGAUUAAAAACACCUUGAAAGGCCAAGUCUACAAUUUCUUGGAGCGGCCCACGGGCUGGAAAUGCUUCGUUUAUCACUUUUCCGUAUUUAUGUUGGUUCUCAUUUGCCUGAUCUUCAGUGUGCUGUCCACCAUUGAAGAGUAUGCCGAAUUCGCCAAUGAGACACUGUUCUACAUGGAAAUCUGUUUGGUGGGCUUUUUUGGGGUGGAGUAUGUCAUUCGAUUGUGGUCGGCGGGGUGUCGCUCAAAAUAUAUCGGGUUUUGGGGCAGACUUCGUUUCAUUCGUAAACCCAUUUGUAUCAUUGACCUGAUCGUGGUUUCGGCCUCGCUGAUUGUCCUCUCAGUGGGAUCCAAUGGGCAAGUGUUUGCCACUUCAGCCAUUCGGGGCAUCCGAUUCCUCCAAAUAUUACGCAUGCUCCAUGUGGAUCGUCAAGGGGGAACGUGGAGACUAUUGGGAUCCGUUGUGUUCAUUCAUCGUCAAGAGCUCAUCACUACUCUUUACAUCGGUUUUUUGGGCCUUAUCUUUUCAAGUUACUUUGUCUACUUGUCAGAGAAGGACGCCAUUGGUCCCAAAGGAAGAUCCGAUUUCGAAUCCUACGCUGACGCCCUUUGGUGGGGAGUGAUCACCGUGACAACCAUCGGUUAUGGCGACGCAGUUCCCCGCACUUGGAUGGGAAAGAUUGUGGCCUCGUGCUUCUCGGUCUUCGCUAUCUCGUUUUUUGCACUUCCCGCAGGCAUCUUAGGAUCUGGGUUUGCUUUGAAGGUGCAGCAGAAGCAAAGACAAAAACACUUCAAUCGUCAGAUCCCAGCGGCUGCCAGCCUUAUUCAGAGCCUUUGGAAAUGUUAUGCCUCGGAUAAGAAUUUCCACGGCAAAGCCACUUGGAGGAUUCAUAUCAAGGAGCCGGUUCCAAAUACCACGAAUGCAUGGAAAGAGGUCGCGAAUAAGGCCAGUGUUCUCAGGCGGAGAAAAUCGAAACUAAAACUCGACCCUUCUCAACCAGGCGAUCCUAGUCGAAGGCCAAGCAACGAUGAUGACCCCAAUUUUGAUCAAGAUGAAAGCAAAUCAGAUCAAGAAUGCUGGCCUAUGCAUAUGCAAACGGACUCUAAUGACAUGGGAAGACGCCGCUUGUCGGUCAUGGACGUGGGCCGCUCAAUCCGUGACGUCAUCGCCCGUCGAAGCUCACCGGGCUUGGAUUUACGUCCUACCAAACGCCGAGAAUCCUCCGCCGAAAUACGCAUGCCCGUUCGAGCGCGAGUUGACCGACUGGCUACCUCGCCGCGCCCCUACCUCGACCGCGACAGCCCGUUUGAGCGCUCUCUGAGCUUAGAUGAGAAGACAUUGAAGAGACAGUUGCAUCAAGAGGGUGAGCCACGAGCAAGUGCAACCACUCGCUCGGUGAACAACAACCGUCGCUCCAAUUCCAGAAGUUUCUUCUCUCAAUUGAGUGGCAUGACUGAAGUGAGUUCCAUGAAUGAAUGUGAUGAUGACUACGACCAAGAUAACCAAGGACUCACCAGGUCGAUAAUUGUAGAGUACAAAGACUUAACCGAGGCCCACCGCAAUGCCAUCCGAGCCAUACGAAAAAUCAAGUAUUUUGUGGCCAGAAGAAAGUUCCAACAAGCCCGAAAACCCUACGAUGUCAGAGAUGUGAUAGAACAGUACUCUCAGGGUCAUUUGAAUAUGAUGGUUCGCAUUAAGGAGCUCCAAAGGCGCCUAGACCAGACCUUGGGCAAACCAGGGAGCUACCACCACGGUGUGGACCGAGAAGGCCACAUCAAGCCCAUGACCAUUGGUGCCCGACUCUAUCGGUUGGAGAACCAAGUGUCCAAUGUGGAUCGUCGGAUGGAGGGAAUGACUCAAAUGCUCAAAUUGAUCCUUCAACGCCAAGAGGAGCUCGUAUACAUCCAUCGAACCCUGCCUAAAAUUGAAUCUCAGGAUGAAUCUGAAUACAUGACCCAGGGGGGGCCACACCCACCAUCCCAAUGUCAACCUAAUCUACCGAAAGCACUGACCGGUGACGGGGAUUAGGAAUAUGACCAAUAAACACGCCUUGCAUCAAUGUUGAAAGUGCCUUU